GACUGAUUGCUUCGUUGCAUUUCGCCCAUCGGCCAUUGCAUCUUUGGCUUCCGCCUGCGCUCUCCAGUGCCGGUUCCGACUUACGAGCGGAACUCCAAAACUCAAUCGCCCUUGGCUUGCCUUAUCAGUUCCUAGUCGCAGAGCCGCCUCAGAGUCCUCGUCGCCGCCAACCCGCCACUGAUUUGGGUAGGUUGUGAGGAACUUCUUAAUUGCCAAAGAUGACUGAUAUUUCUGAAGUUGGAGAAGAAGAAUUUGAAAAUGCUGUUGAAAUGAUGAUGGAAAAAGAUAGAUUCAAAGAUUGUUUGGACUAUAUCGAGACCAAAAUCGAUCAACAUGUUGUCUUAAAUAAUACAUAUCUGUUUGACACUAAGUUGAAUUGCCUUUAUGAACUUGAUAGAAAGAUGGAUGCUUUUAUGGAAGCCAAAGCUUAUCGUGCUGAUUACCGUCCUUUGACUCAUACUGUUUGCGUUGCAUUGGGGAAUGGAUAUCUAGAAGAAGCUGAUUAUAUAGAAGCCUAUUUCUACUUCAGACAAUUUCCGUCCAAGCAAAGUGUUAUACUGUCACGAUUAGCUACAGAACUCGAAAAACAAACAAAAAGGAAGUUAUGUGAAGAGAAAUACGAAGAGUGUUUGGACUAUAUAAACAAAAUCGAUCAAGAUGUUGUCUUUUCAAAUGUAGAGAUUUUUGAUUGUAAGCUUAAAUGCCUUAUGAAGUUAGAUCAAAAGAAGAAGGCAAUUAAAGAAGCGCAAGCUUAUCUUGGAUCUGGUGGUGUUUUGUCAUAUUUCAGCUGUGAGAUUUUGGGCUCUAGCUAUGCAUCAAAGGGUAACUAUGAUGAAGCAUGCAAGCACUAUUUGCAAGCUAUGAAGUUGUGUCCUACACGAGAAGAGAAAACUAGAUAUCGCAGUUUGUUAAACAGUAUGGAGAAGAACGAAGAAAGAAGAAAGGUUAGGGAGGAAGAUAAGCGUGUAGCCAGGAUCGACCCAAGUUUUCUCAAAGGUGAAAUCAAGAGAGACGACAAAAAGUUUACUAUGUCAAGUAAAAAGAAAAAAAAAGAUGGAAUGUGCGUCAAGGAGUCAAGGUAGCAGCUUUUAAGGUUUGUAGCAGAAGAUUCUUAAGUGUCUACAACUCGAAAGAAGACUGCCAUUGAAUGCAUAAUUAGCGUAAAGGUUAAAAGCUCCAAAUAGAAGAGAAAACUAUCUUCCACCCUGCAAGAUAAUUCUCUCAUAUAGAAGAGAGAAAGUAAAGCGUACCUAAUAUAGUAAUAAGGUGUAUGUGGGGUUUCAAUUGAGUAAUUGCGAUAUAACCUAAAAACUUACAGAAUAUCGCAUAGGUAGACCGUAUU